GCCCCCUCUCCAACUUCUCCUUCUCUCCCAACCUUGACGAUUCGGCGAAACUACUCGGCGCCGUCCUCUUUGCAACAUAUCUUCAUAUCUCUGACCGCUGGGACCUAAUAACGAACACUGGCUUGACCUGUUUAUACCCGCAUUUUUGUUUUGAUCCGUUCUUGUGAUCAUGACAGACUUAGAGCUACAGAGAGUCGGGGAACCAAUUCCCCCAGAUCCGGCUCCUCCAGACAGGUCAAUUUCGAUUCAUCAAAGAGUCCUGAGGCUUCCAAUCGAUAGCAUUGAGAUCUGGCAUAAUAUCGGUAUCGGGACUCGAAUCGGUACGCUGCGUCACGACCGUGUUCUCACAAUACUGCGUAAGGUUGGGGGAGUGGCCUCAACCAUCCUAUCUGUCUAUGUAGCGGUUGAGCACGAUGAGCCUAUUGCCCAGUUAGCGUACAACAGCCUGUGGUGUCUUACUUUCGCUGCGAAUAGUGCCCUCUUUCUUACAUGGCGUCACAUGUCCAGGAUGCAAAAUGUUUAUUCCAUUCUCUUCAUCGUACUUUCCUAUGCGACCCUGACCACACUACUAAAGGGUCCGGAGCUGGUCCUCAACAAGAUCCUUCCGAUGCUCCCUCUGGUUGUGGUUUUGGGCGCGUUCUUGUCCUCGCUCAUAUUGAGCACAUGGAAGGAAAUCAGCGGCUCACAAAAUCUGGACAUGGAGCACGGAGACCACCCUGCCUGGGAUGCGGUGGCUUCUUGUCUUGUCUAAGCCGAUCACAGGACAACGUCAUUGCCAAUGUGUUUGAUCUCCUUUAAGAUAGCGAAUAAUCACGCCUGGUAUGCCUACUAUUCGAUGCCUCGUUUCCUCAUGAACGGCUUCGAACUUACAUGGGACCUCGGUGUGCGACUUUGCAGAGGAUCGACAACACAGUUCAAUAAUAAAAGCAAAAAAAUUCAAAUACUACUCUGGGACAACUGCAAAUUUGGAACCGAAGUGACAGUGUUAUUAUCUUACAAAAUGCCGACAACACUAGGCAACUUCACUAA